GGCCCUCCAACACAAUGCAGGUCCAGUUGGAGAUGACAUGUUUCAUUGGCAAGCCACAAUUAUGGAACCUAAUGACAGCCCAUAUCAAGGUGGUGUAUUCUUUUUGACAGUUCAUUUUCCUACAGACUCACCCUUCAAACCACCUAAAUGGGUUGCAUUUACAAGAAUUUAUCAUCCAAAUAUUAACAGUAAUGGCAGCAAUUGUCUUGAUAGUCUAAGAUCACACUGGUCUCCUGCUUUAACUGUUUCUAAAGCUCUUUUAUCCAUUUGUUCACUGCUAUGUGACCCAGUCUCAGAUGACCCCCCCCCCCCAGUGCCAGAGAUUGCUCCGAUCUAUAAAACAGACAGAGAUGGAUACAACAGAAUAUCUCGGGAAUGGUCUCAGAAGUAUGCCGUGUGAUGCUACCUUACAGUCGGCAUAACCUGCA